AUGGCCCCCUGGCUCUGGCCGUGCCUCCUGGCCGCCCAAGCCCUGGCCGUCAACUUUCCCUCCAGGUACAGCCUCUACACCAGGGGGGCCACCUCGCUUGGUGUCGGUCAGGCCACAGCCCCGCAGGGCCCCGCCGCGGCCCACAGUGGUGCCCGGGUCGCCAGCCAGCACAGGAACUGGUGUGCCUACGUGGUGACACGCAGUGUGAGCUGUGUGGUGGAGGACGGCGUGGAGAGCUUUGUCAAGCCAGAUUACCAGCCCUGUGCCUGGGGGCAGCUCCAAUGCCCCCGUGUCCUGGCGUACCGCACUUUCCUGCGGCCCCGCUACAGGGUGUCACAGCGGACAGUGUCAGAGCUGGCCUGGCGCUGCUGCCAGGGCUACUCAGGUGAGGACUGCAUGGAGGGGCCAGCACCAGCACCCCCCCAGCCCACCAGCCACCCCCGGCCUCAGCCUGGCCGUCCUACACUCUCUGGCUUCGGCAACCCCCUCAGUGGCCUGGGGGGCGAAGGUGGUGGUGAUGCCGAGAAGGUGCGGCGGCUGGAGGAGCAGGUGCGGCGGCUAAGCGAGCAGGUGGAGGAGCUGCGUGCUGGGCAGGAGCUGGUGCCGGAGCACCCGCACCGGGCGCCGGCCGCUGGCUUUGAGGGCGAGCAGCCAGCUGAUGCAGCUGCCCCAGUCGAGGUGCGGGAGGCUCUGAGCCACGUCCAGCGGCGGCUGGAGGAGCUGGAGACCCGCCUGCGACGUCAGGAGAACAGUCGGGAAAGCCCAGUACUGCCGUCGGGCCCGGCGCUGCGGGAGCUGGAGCGACGGCUGCAGGAGACCUGUGCUGCGUGUACGGCUGGCACUGAGGGGCUGCGGCGUCAGGCGGCCGAGGACAGGGAGCGCAUGAGGGCGCUGGAGAAGCUGGUGGGCUCGGUGGACCAGCGCAACCGGGAUGCGGUGGAGACGGUGCAGCGGCACAUCAGCAGCCUGAGCAGCCGCCUGGCCCCUGCUGCCCCCCCGCCCCCGGACGCUGAGCUGCACCGGCGGCUGGCCGAGCUGGAGCGACGUAUCGAGGGGCUGCCUGCGGCAGCUGCGGGGCGCGGUGGGCAGGGCCCGGUGCUCGCUCGGCGGUUGGCAGAGCUUGAAGGGCGGCUGAAUGCCUCUCGUGCCGGCCCGUGGCCCCUGGAGCCGGAGGGUCGGCAUAGUGGGAUGCCAGCAUACCUGGCCAACCUGAGCCGGGUGAUGGAGGGGCUGGUAGCCAGCGGGGCCAAGCAUGGUGCCCGCCUGGACGAACUGGAGGGGCUGGUGGCUCGCUGUGGCCAGCCCUGCCCAGAACCACAAGAUCCUUGGGCUGGGCAGCUUGGUCCCAUCCUGCAGCAGCUGGAGCAGCGGCUGCAGGACGCCGAGGGUCAGCUUCGGGACCUGGGGGCUGGUGGGGAUGGGGUGGCCGGGACUCUUGGAGGACUGCGGGAGUUGCUGGGGGCACAGGGGGAAGCCUUGGGGCGGCUGGAGGGGCAGCUGGAAGUAGAGGGGUCUCUGGCAGAGGAGCUGGCGCAGCUCCGUAACCGGACGGGGCAACUGGAGGCCAAGCUGGGGGGGUCAAGUGGUGACCUCUGUCCCCAGUCCUGCACCCCGCUGUCACCCCAAGAGCUGGAGCAGCUGCGGGCUGGAGUGGACGCCUGCACUGUCGCAUGCCAUUCGCCCCAGCCUGGCCAUGCUGAGCCGGAACUAGAGCCUGAGCCUCCACUUGACGGGUUCAGCACCUUCGGGGGCACCUCGUCCUUGGAGCUGCAGGGGCUGCGGGGCGAGCUCUCAGGUGCUCUGCUCGCCUUUGCCAGGCUGAAUGCCACGGUGCAGGGGCUGGAAGAUGCCCUGGAUGAGCAGGACGCUCGGCAGCGGCACCUGGACACCAUCAUUGACCGCAUCGUGACCGAGCUGGACACAGCAGCGGCGGCAGCGGCAGAGCGGCAGGCUGAGAGCGAGGAGCGGCUGGAGGCGCUGGUGCGGGAACUGGUGCGACAGGCAGAGGGCUGCCCGGCUGGCCUGGAGCCGCGGCUGGCCAAGCUGGAGGGAGUCUGUGAGCAGCUGGAGGCUGUGUCUGACGGGCUGCGGGGUGUCCGUGAUGGGCUGAGCCGGCAUGUGGCCGGGCUGUGGGGUGCAGUACGGGAGCUGAACAGCACAGGUCGCACCAAUGCUGCCGUGAUGGAGAAGGUGCUGGAAGCCCAGCUCCCGCGACGCGUCGGGGCCCUCAAUGCUAGCCUGCAGCAACUGCGUGACGAGCUCCUGCGCCUGGGACAAGCAGACCUCACCGGUGUCUCUAACCCCAUCCUCCCUCCAGGCCCUCCUGGCCCUGCUGGCCCCAGGGGUGAGAUGGGUCCCCCUGGCCCUACUGGGCCACCUGGAAAGGAUGGAGAACAAGGCCCCAUGGGCCCCCCAGGGCUGCCUGGAGAGAGAGGUGAGGUGGGGGAGCCAGGCUCUGUGCCCCGCGUCGCCUUCUCGGCUGCCCUGAGCACCCAGCACACGGAACCAGGCACUGUCCCCUUUGACCAAGUCCUGCUCAACGAUGGUGGAGCCUAUGACCCUGAGACUGGCACAUUCACGGUGCCGGUGACCGGGCGGUACCUGGUGAGUGCAGUGCUGACGGGGCACAAGGGCGAGAAGCUGGAGGCUGUGCUGUCGCGCUCCAACCAGGGCAUUGCCCGCCUGGAUUCAGCCGGUUUCCAGCCCGAGGGGCUGGAGAAGGAGCCGGUGGCGGCCAUGGGGCCCAGCCCUGGUGCCCUCGGUGUCUUCAGCCUCCUGUUGCCGCUCGCUGCCGGCGAGACCCUCUGUGUAGACCUGGUGUCGGGGCGCCUGGCCCAUGCACCCGACGAGCCCCUCACUGUCUUCAGCGGGGCCCUGCUCUACGACACUGACGAGCCCUAG